AUGCGGGGUUCAGCGGGUCUGGAGCUCCGUCCGGCGGCCGGGGGCGGUUCUAGGGUUAGGUGUCUGGAAGGCGCCCGGGUACUGGGAUUUGGCAAGUUGCGUAGCACGGCCGGUGCUUCGUUCCUGGCUAAGCGCAGCAGAGGUGGUGCCAUGAGCGCUAAGGAGCAAGAAGAUGGGAUGGAUCUCAAGGAUAGCCUCUCCAGAUUUAAGCAACAGCAGGAGAGAUGCCAGUCAUCUUUGGCGAGCAUAGCUGCUUCGAGCUCAAAGCCAAAGCACAGGGCCCAACCAGCACAUGCUCCCAACGUUUCAGCACGACCAUCACAACCUAUUAAGUUUUCAAAUGAUACAGAAAGGCUGCAGCACAUCAAUUCGAUUAGGAAAUCUCCUGUUGGAGCACAGAUCAAACUUGUCAUCGAACUGCUUUACAAGACAAGACAAGCUUUUACUGCAGAGCAGAUAAAUGAAGCAACUUAUGUUGAUAUCCAUGGUAAUAAAGCUGUCUUUGACAGCUUGAGAAACAACCCCAAAGUAAGUUAUGAUGGGAGGCGUUUCUCUUACAAGUCCAAGCAUGACCUGAAGGGAAAAGAUCAACUGCUUGUUUUGAUUAGGAAGUUCCCUGAAGGUCUUGCUGUUGUGGAAGUCAAGGAUGCAUAUCCAAAUGUAUUAGAAGAUUUGCAGGCUCUGAAGGCUGCAGGUGAGGUUUGGCUGUUAUCAAACAUGGACUCCCAGGAGGACAUUGUAUACCCUAAUGAUCCAAAAGCGAAGAUCAAGGUUGAUGAUGACCUGAAGCAGCUCUUCCGUGAAAUAGAGCUACCACGUGACAUGGUCGACAUAGAGAAGGAGCUACAGAAAAACGGUUUCAAGCCCAUGACCAAUACUGCCAAACGACGAGCAGCUGCCCAGAUCAAUGGCGUGAAACCCAAGGCUAAGCCCAAAAAGAAGCAGCGUGAGAUCACAAAACGGACCAAGCUCACGAAUGCCCAUCUGCCUGAGCUGUUCCAGAAUCUCAACACUUAA